GUUCCCAGUUCUCCCAGCACAGGGCACAGGGCUGGGGGCACAGCAAUUCCCCAGCUGCUCUGCAAUACUCCCUGCACAUCCCCGCGGGUUUUUCCAGCCCUUUGCGCAGGAUAAGCGUGCCCGGCGCUGCAGCAAACACUGCCGGUAAUGGUUAACCUGGGAUCGGGGACACGCUGCUGCUGAAGGACAAUGAGACCCCGCGUUUAUCUCUACCUGCUGCCGUCUCCCGGCUAACCCUGCACCAGUGGCAUCCCUGUUCUGCUUUCUGCACAGCAUCCAAAGGUUGACACGGACUUGCUUUGCUGCAGCUUUCUGUUCAGAUGGAUGGAACGCUCCCAUCAAUGUUGUUUACCCAGUAAAUGGAUCCCUGAGGAGCUCCAAGGCAAAAAAAUAUUCUCCUGGGAGCUGAUUUCCUCAUGUUUUUCUUUGAGCUGCUGAAAGAACAUCCCAGGAAAAUGGACGAGCCCUGCACCUAACACACAGCUCUCCUUUCUGGAAUGCUCAGUGGAAACGAGGCACCAUUCCAGCAUGAACUCCAGUGCAUUCCAGAAUUUUGAUACCAAGUGGUUCAAGGAUAAAGACUUCAUGUAAUUGCUGUGGGAUUCAGAACUGCUGCACUCUCAUUCUUCUGACUGUUCACCAAGAUUAUCUGAAUGUUUAAUUGGACUAUGAUAAGAAGACAGGAUCUGGAAGUGAAAGAUGAACCCACUUCAUGCAAAGAAAGCAAGAUUUUUAAUGUGUGCAGCUGUCUGUGUGUUCAUCUACACCUUCAUCUACCUAAAGGUUCCACUUUAUGACGAGUCAAACGACCAAAAAUUCCGUGUCAAAAGAGCAGAGUGUGGUUUUUACCCCGAUGAACUUUGCUCAGCUCUUUUUGUGGGGAAACCUGCAGCCUUUAAAAUUGGAAACUUUUGUCAGAAGUCCUACCAGCCCAAAGCACUCAGCUGCAUUCAGACUUCCUGCAGCUGCUCCACAGUCCUGGAAACUCUGCAUUUUAUCACCAGACCACUGUCAGAGGAAGAAGGAAAUUUCUCCUUGGCGUACAUUAUUACGAUUCACAAGGAGCUGGAAAUGUUUGUGAGGCUGCUCAGAUCUAUUUAUAUGCCUCAGAAUAUUUACUGCAUCCACAUUGAUGAGAAGUCACCCAGAGAUUAUAAAACUGCUGUACAGAACAUCGUUAACUGCUUCGAAAACAUUUUUAUUUCCUCAAAAAGAGAACACGUUGUUUAUGCAGGCUUCUCAAGAUUACAAGCUGAUAUUAAUUGCAUGAGAGACCUCGUCAACUCCAAAGUUCAGUGGAAUUAUGUUAUUAAUCUGUGCGGUCAAGAUUUUCCCCUGAAAACAAAUAAAGAAAUCAUACAAUACAUAAAAAGUAAGUGGAAUGGUAAAAAUAUCACCCCUGGGAUAGUGCAGCCCCUGCACGUGAAGCACAGGACAGAGGUGAGCUACAGGGAGUACGUCCACUCCGGGGUGCCCUACGUGUACCCAGCCAAGAUCAGGAAAGCCCAGCCUCCACACAACCUCACCAUUUAUUUUGGCAGUGCCUAUUACAUCCUCACCAAGGACUUUGUGGAGUUCACACUGAGGGAUGCCCGGGCCAAAGCUCUGCUGGAGUGGUCCAGGGACACCUACAGCCCUGAUGAGCACUACUGGGUCACCCUCAAUCGUUUACCCGAUGCUCCAGGGGCUACACCCAAUGCAGGCUGGCAAGGAGACCUAAGAGCCAUUAAAUGGAAAGAUCAAGAAGGACUCUCACACAAAGGCUGCAAAGGUCAUUAUGUCAGAGACAUCUGCAUUUAUGGCCUGGGGGAUCUGCAGUGGAUCAUUGAGUCCCCCCAUCUGUUUGCCAACAAGUUCGAGGCGGGCAGGGAGCCGCUGGUGCUGGAGUGCCUGGAGCGGCGGCUGCGGCUCAAGGUGCUGCGCCAGGCGCAGGUGCCCGUGCAGCAGCACUGGCGCCUGCAGCAGCACAGCCACUUCAACAUGCAGCUGGGAGCCUGAGCCCAGCCCUCUCCUCCAGGAAGCUGCAGCAUCCUGCCAGGAAAAGAGGGUGUUUGCAGGCACAGGGUUCAGUCUGUGCAGGGAGGGUAAAGCGCAGUCCUGCGCUCCCCAAAUCGUUUAUUUAUUCCGGCGGCAAUGGGUUAAUUAUCAAAGAAUGUCUGAAUCUCUGCUGAAGACAAGGGGGGAAGUUCAUCAUCCAUUAAGUGACUUACUUAGCUGGAGAAGUCAAUAUUCCAGCAUGACUAACUGGCAUGAAAAUGAUAGGAUGGAAGCAGUGACUGAACCAAGAUAAAAUAUGGAGAAAUAACAAAUUAAAGUCGUGGCCAGUGAAUGUCUCAUGACAUGCUUUGAAUAAUGAAGUUGAUGCUAAAAUUUCAGAGCUUGCACGUAAGUGACAACCAGUUUGUGACACAGUCCAUGCCACUGGGGGGUGUGGGUUUGUUUUUAUUUCCCCUGGCCAGCUGCAUCCCUAAUUUCAUUUUGCAGCAUGGCAACAUCACUGCUGCCCUUCCCAGGCUUUGCUCCUAAUAACAGAAGGUUCCUGCAACACAUGUUUGUCUCCAAGUCUCUGUUUUGAAUCUCUGCAGGAGUUUAGGACAAGGAGACAGAGAAAAUUGGAGGCCAGGGAUUAUAGGAAAACUGAGCAAAAAGCCAUUUUUCAAUCAUUUUUCCAUUCCAGUGUACCUGACUGAGAGAAUCAAUCAGCCUGCAGCAAGAGCAGUAACGCCUGAACAACCCACUUAAUUAA